AAGAUACAAUGGUGAAACAUCUUUUGUGACAAACCCCUACAGAGAAGCCAUAUCACCAACUAUUUGCAGGUUCUGUGUGAUGCUUUUAUUUAUCCUCCAGGAUGUGAAACAGUGUCAAAUGUUUGUCUUUUGGAAGAUGCAGAUGCUUAGAUGUUCAGAAACUUGAGGAGAGAAUGAGGGCAAAAAAGUAGAAAAGAUAGAUCUAUGAAGGGGUUUUUCUGUAGGGCAGAAUGGAGAUGUAGACAGUGGAUGAUAAAUUCUCCAUCUCCUUGGAGCUGAAAGGAAUCCUUUCACCUCCCUAACAUUCUACAAGUUCUGGCCAAGAGAAUGGUUUGGGGGAAUUGGACAAUAGUCAAUGAAUUUGUUCUUGUGAGCUUCUCUGCCCUGCCCCCUGAGCUAAAGAUUUUGCUGUUCCUGUUGUUUCUGAUCAUUUAUUUUGUCACUUUUAUGGGCAAUGUCCUUAUAAUCCUGGUCACUACAGCUGAUUCUGCCCUACAUAGCCCCAUGUACUUUUUCCUCAAGAACCUGUCCUUUUUAGAAAUUAGUUUCAACAUAGUCAUUGUCCCCAAGAUGCUAAGUACCUUGGUGACCAAAGACACAACUAUCUCUUUUCUUGGCUGUGCAACACAAAUGUAUUUUUUCUUCUUCUUUGGGGCUGCUGAGUGCUGUCUCCUUGCCACCAUGGCCUAUGACCGCUAUGUGGCUAUUUGUGACCCUUUACGUUACCCAGUCCUCAUGGACCAAAAAGCUUGUAUUCAGCUGGCUGCUGCCUCUUGGUUCUCUGGAUUUCCUGUAGCCACAGUACAAACAACAUGGAUUUUCAGCUUCCCAUUUUGCGGUCCAAACAGAGUGAAUCACUUUUUCUGUGACAGCCCUCCUGUAAUUGCAUUGGUCUGUGCUGACACCUCCCUAUUUGAACUAGAGGCACUGACAGCCACAGUUUUAUUUAUUCUCUUUCCCUUCCUCCUGAUCUUGGGAUCCUACGUUCGAAUCCUCUCCACUAUCUUCAGGAUGCCCUCAGCAGAGGGAAAACAUAAAGCUUUCUCUACUUGCUCUUCCCAUCUAGUUGUUGUCUCCCUCUUUUAUAGCACCGCUAUCCUUACCUACUUCCGUCCCAGAUCCAACACCUCACCUGAGAAUAAGAAGCUGCUCUCACUAUUCUACACAGUAGUGACUCCCAUGUUAAAUCCUAUAAUAUACAGCCUGAGGAACAGUGAAGUGAAAGCUGCACUCCAACGAACCCUCCGAAAGGCCAUCAUCUCCCAGAGAUUAUGACUAAUUCUGCUAAAAAUUGAAUUGAGUAGGGAUAGGAUUAAAGGACAAAGAAAAAAGGCAGCAUGGUAAAGGAGAUAAAGAAUUGAACUUGGAGACAAGAAGACCUGGGUUCAAAUCCCAUCUCUCAUACUUAUUAUCUAUAUGCCAAUCAUUUAAGCGCCUUGUGCCUCAG